ACAGAGGUAAAAAAAAUGUAGAACUUUCAUCAAUGUCACUUGUUGUACCAGAAGGUUCAAAUGUUUUCAAAAACAGAAUGGAAAAGGCCAGAGCCCUAAGAAAAUUUAAAGAAGGUUUACCAAAAUCUCCAUCUAAACGAUGCGCAGUUAUAUCGACUUAUUUGGCCCGCAGAUCCCCUCGAUCGCCAACAAUAGCUAAUCUGAAACAUUCAGUUUCGCCAGUUGAAAUGGCCGUCGUUGCAGAUAUUCAAGAAAUAAUAAAAUCUACAAAAUUAAAGCGAUCUAAGAAUGCACGUUCGGUAAUGAAUUCUGUUACUGCAUCAAUCAGCGGGGAAAAUUUAGCAAACUCGAGAGGUAAAAUUAAACUGUGUAAAAAUUUAGGUUUGCCAGCAAGAAGGGUUGCUGGAGGCCAGCGUAUUAGGUCUAGAAUUCUUAAAAGUGAAUCGUUUGCAUGGGCUCUUACGCAACAGAAAACAAGAAAAUAUUCCAUUUCAGAAGAAACAAAGAAAACAGUUUAUAACUUUUGGCUCUCUGAUGGCAUAUCACACCCGACCGGCAACAAAUCCGAUAUCAAAAGAGAACGAUUGGGACCAAACUUAUAUACUUCGCAUAUGACACACGUGCUGGAAAAAACACAAACUGAUGCGUAUUUAGAUUUUGUCGCCAAAUAUCCGGAAAUUAAAAUUGGACAAAGAGCAUUUGAGAAACUUCGACCGUUUUUCGUAAGACCUGCAUCUGAAAAAGAUAGAAAUACAUGCUGUUGUAGAUAUCACGUGGAAGCAAACCUUGUUUUCAAAGCAUGUAUGAAGUUCAGAAAAUCGUGUGACAGGGAAACCGAUUCGCAAGAAGGUGACUAUCCCGUAUUUGAGAAAAUGUCAGACCUUAUACAUAUUACGCUAUGUCCAAAAGUAAAUGGAUUUUAUAGAAAAAAUUGUCUUGACCGAAAAUGUAGCCUUUGCGGAGUUGGUAAUUUCAAACUUUAA